AUGUCACCAAAGAUUGCAUCCAAGAGGAAGCAUGCCUCUAUGGCUUGUGUUCCUUGUCGGGAGAGCAAGAUCAAGGUAAGCAAAGCUCUUCCACUCCCCGCAAUCCGUUCAGCGACUGAUAAACCUCACCCCCAAAUACAUCUGACUCUGGAUCCUAGACUUCCUCUUCGGAUAGCCAUUGACUUGCUCAUCGGAAGAGUCGAUCAACUAUCAGAAUUCAUUUGUCAAAAUGGCCUCCAGCCUCCCCCGAACCCUAAAGACAAGGACGCGGCAUUGAAGGAGAUUUUAAAUGCUCUUGGGUCGACCAAAGCGAUCCCCGGACUCGAACCCUCCUGCGAAUCACAAAUGUCUCCUAUUCUACCAAAUGAUCCUAAUCUGGACUUUGGAAAUUCGCAAGAUAUAAUGGGGCCACCUCUUGUUCCUGCAGUUCUUGCGCCCCCGAAGAUCCCAAUUGCGACUUCACCCGACCAGAUUUUACUUCCAGCCGCUUCUCAGACUUCCCCCUUGCCACGGCCCUCGGAGCAGGGAAAAUUAACACCUUCGGCAGACACCCCGGAAAGCAUACUCAGCAGCUGGGAUAUGGAUCUUGCCUACGGCGGCUCGGCAAUGUCCGCGCCCACCGACUUGCAAAAACUUAUUGAUUCGACUUCUGAACGCGAUGCUUUAGGUCUCGACUUAGAUGGAAUGGCCCGAUCGGUCAAUAAUGCAGCCACUGCCGCCACUCCGACUACAAGCGAUGAUGGAUCGACCUCGAUCGACGACGCCAAUACUACAACCGAUAUCGAAGGACUCAUCGACGACCUUUCCGACCGAGUCGGCACGCUACGCAUCGGGCGAGGAGGCAAAACUCUCUUUUUCGGUCCGACGUCUACAUUCAAUCUACGCGAUAUGCCGCAUUCUGAUACAUUUGACUCCCAUCGCAGAAUGCAGAGUAACGAUUUUAAUAGCCCCUGUCGAGUCGAGGCUGACAAAGAAGUACCUUCCGCCCUUGAGGAACACUUGAUCAGUUUGUACUUCAGUUGGCAGGAUCCGUCGUUUCAUGUUGUUGAUCGGAAACUGUACGAAGAUGCUAAAGAGAAAUGGUUCGCUAUGGAGGAUACUUCUUUCUACUCCGAAGCUUUGCGGAAUGCGAUGUGUGCGAUCGGUUGCGCAUUUGAAACAAGAUUCCAUCCAGGUUUUGUUACGUUUCCAAAGACUUUGGUGGACUUUUUCGGAGAUCGGGCACAGUCAUUGCUUGAGUCUGAACUAGACUUCCCGAGUGUGGCGACUGUUCAGGCGAUGAUCAUUCUGAGCAGCCACGAGAUUGGUAAUGGCAUGGAUUCUCGAGGGUGGCUUUACAGUGGAAUGGCAAUCCGGCUUGCUUUCGAUCUGGCAUUGCACAUUGACAUGUCCUCGCACGUUUUAAAGGGAGUCAUUUCUGCUGCUGAUGCGGAUCUCCGCCGAACCGUCUUCUGGACUGCAUAUACCGUUGACCAUCAAUUGGGCUUCCAUCUCGGCAGGCCUUUCCGCACAAACAUGGACGACGUUACAGUUGGUAAGCCUUCUCAAGACUGUUGUAACCAGUCCCAGGAAUGGAUACCAUACGAGGGUCCCGCAUCCUUAACCCAGCGAUUUGAUGGUCUUGAUUGCACAGGGCUGGUUAGUCAACAACUCGUUUCUCUUUGUGAAAUCAUGGCACCAUGUGGAUAUGUCUUAUACACAACAUCGAAGAUUAACAAAGCUACGAUGCAAGAGUUCAAUGAAAGAAUUGUGGCAGAGCUCUGCAAAUGGAAAGCCAAUCUGCCACCAACAUUACAAAUCGACCUGAACGACCAUACAUCUCCUUACCCUCCGCAUGUGCUACUAUUACAUAUGCAAUAUCAUCAAAAUAUCAUCUACGCCCACAGACCCUGGAUGUCCAAAAGCUAUCUUCAACCACAACCACCUAAGGGCCUAGGCUAUCUUCACGCACGGCAAAUGUGCAUCGAAUCCGCCAUAUCAAUUGCCAAGAUCAUCCUUCUAUACGAAACCAGAUACACUCUACGCCGUAUCAACGUCAAAGCGGUCUCCAUAACAUCCUCUGCCGUUCUCUUCCUUCUCUUAGCCGCCGUUUCCAACUAUGCCUCACAUUCAAAGGCGCACAUAGUCGCCCAUCUGGGUACAUGUUUCCGGGCUCUCGAUGAGUUCUCGCUUUCUUGGAUGAAUGCAAGACGUGCGAAAGAUUUACUCGUCACCUUGCAGCAUCAGUGGGAACUGCGGACGCGUUCGGGGAAGAUGUAUCGACAGGCUGAUGGUAUUACAUGGCUAUCGAAUAAACGCCCCCGAACAUCAACCCGAGAUCCAGUUUCCGCGUCUAUACCCCCCUGA